GUCGCAGGCGUGUAAAGAUGGCGUCCGACUACGAUGAGCCGAUAUCCGACCAAGAAAAGGUUCGCAUAGUGUCGGAUUUCAUCCAAUUAGCACCGCCCGGGGAAUUCAACGAGGUGUUCAACGACGUCCGCCUGCUGCUGAACAAUGACACCUUGCUCAAAGAAAAAGCGUCCAGUGCAUUCGCACAGUACAAUAAGGAUCAGCUGACACCAGUAGAAAUUGAAGGUUCUGAACACCAGGCGCUCAUCACCCACUACAAUGACCUCGGCGAGGGUCGGUUCUAUGACCCGCGCACGCGGCAGUCCUUCCGGUACGACCACCUCCGCAAAGAGGCGACGGACUACCAGAGCCAUCCGCCGGGAUCCAGCGGGGACGGCAGUGUGGGGCUGCCCGAGGGACAUGGCGAGAGCUGGCGGGCCGCACUGGAGGAGGCGUGGACGCAGUACGCACGCGAGCACUACCGGCACGGCACGUGCGCUGUCUUCGACCGCAGUUCCAGCCCCCAGGAGCUGGCGCUAGUAGCCUGCCUCGAGGACCACCAGUUCCAGGCGCAGAACUACUGGAAUGGUCGUUGGAGAAGCGUCUGGACAGUAAACUUUCCCUCGGGUGCCGCCACAGCGGAUGUGAAAGGGCUCGUAAGAGUUCAGGUCCAUUACUACGAAGAUGGCAACGUCCAGCUAGUAAGCUCCAAGGAGAUCAAAGCCACCCUCAACAUCACGAAUGAGCAGCAAGCUGCCAAGGAGUUCGUGCAGAUCGUCGAGGAUGCAGAAAACGAGUAUCAGACCGCCAUCUCCGAAAACUACCAGGCAAUGUCGGACACGACGUUCAAGGCACUACGCCGACAACUGCCACUGACGCGAACCAAGAUCGACUGGACCAAGAUCCUCAACUACAAAAUUGCCUCUGAGCUGAAACACCACUGACUGUCUCCUCCUCUCUGUGCCACCCACGCUAGCACCUUUUUCUUUUUUUUUUUUCUAGGACUCCUCUUCCCAAGCCCGACUUUUCUAUCCUGCGCGUGCUUCGAAACUGCCACAGUUCACGAUUUGUGUUGUUUUCAUUUUCCCGGUUAAUCUUGCGUUGAGCCGUGCCGUAGCGCUCUGGUCUCCUUGCCUCUUAUUGUGAAAAAUGAACUUUACGCCGUGCGCUGACGGACUCUCCUGUGUUUGGACUUGGGUCGCCAUUCUUGCUAUUCAGGUGUGACUGUCCUAAAUGCAUUUUCUUUAUUUGUUUGAGGCGAGCAACUGAGCUAGUUCAAGCUCUGAGAGUCUUGUUUGUAACGUGGCACUGCUGAUCGUCGAGCCAUUGGAGAUAGUAGUUUUAAAGGUGUUGUUUUUUCUUUUUAAUGCAAUAAGUGAGUAAGGUCUAAAGGCUCAUUUGUGAGUGACCUAAAGAAGUUGUGUGGCCAUGCGCAACUGGCGACCGUGGAGUAACUGUCGACUGCCGAUGUUCAUGUUCAGCAAGUGUGAUGUGUUAUCACAGCAACACAUAGAAUGUUCACGGUGUCAAGCGUCGCAGGCCAGUCACCACGUGGAAACGCCUCGUGAUUGGUGCGUUCCACAUCUGCUCGCAUUGCUAGCAGAUUUGUCAUUCUUCCGUGUCUGAUUGGCUCACGAGUUUUGCAACUGCUGUGACGUGGUCGAGGCAUUAAGCAGUUGAAAUUGUUCGUUCAUCAGCCAACGUGACCACUCGCGACAGUUCGCAAUCGAGUACCUUUGCAACCCUCUUACCCAAAACAAUGGCUUUUCGACCCUUUGUGGCUGCAACAGUCUGCACGAUCUCUGCGUGUCGCUGUUGUGAAUGGGCCUGUAAAGACUGGAACAGCCUGUUUGAAGGCCCUUGUUGAUUUUUUUUCUCAGCAGUUACUCUCUUGAAGGUGGAUUUUCUAAACUAUGUUUUACUGAUUGUUUACUCUUGUUGACAUGAUCCUGCGACCGCUUGUAUUUUUUUAGAACUUUUGUGAAAGUGCAGUUAACGCAGUGCCUGCUAAAAUGUGGGCUCAUUUAGAACACGAGUGAGCUCAGCAUAGCAGCUUUUUUUGCGUGUGCAUGUUCUGUUUUUUCCUUGACUCUUUUAUACACAAGUUAAUGGUUCAUUUUUAAUUGAGAUGUGUGCUGGUCUUGGCUAUGCGGAAUCACUCUUGAGAUAUCUACAUUUAUGCCAGCCUUUCAUGCUUUCAAUUUCACCUUGUUUGAAAGUAUGCUAGUAGUGUUAUUUCAUAAGAGACAUGUUUGUGCUUUAAUUACUUUGCACUUUGCCAUACGAUAGAAGGCGUGUCAGUUUGCUAAAUUUUAGUUCAGAUCGAUAGAGGGGACAACUGUGGAAAUUCAGAAUGUGCAAGACACUUUCUAAAAGAUCUCUGAAUUACGCUAACCUGCAUCUUGCUUCUCAGUAGACAUUUCACGGCCAAGCUUUUUUUUUCCGAACUAACGGACCGCUGCGCAAUUCUGGAAUCUAGUAUGGAGGAGGUAAAGAACCAGUAGUACUAUAUAAGCUUGAAAUUAUAGUCUGUGAAGUCAAGCUAGGACAUUUUUUUUUUCCCCGCUUGCACUUGUUCUUUUGUGCAAUGUCACGGCAGUUUCGAAUGACAACUGCUGGAGGCCUUGGUGUGCAGGUGUUUUAGUGAAACGUGGUUUAGAUUCGUCCCGUACCUUGUCUUAAUUGGGACCUCUUACGAUGUGCACUUCGCUGUGCGUUUUGUAUUACUCUGUUGGCAACUCUAUGAGCACUGAAGUGAUUGAACGUCCAGAAUUUUGCGGUGAAUUCUUUCAUCACAGAGCGUCUCCUCCUCAGAAAAACGUUGGCUCACCUUGUUAGUUAACAAAACUUGAGACAGUCUAACAUUUCAGCAGUGAUGCAGAUUGCAUUCGCAGUCAACAGUAUUAGCAAAGCUAUGCAUUAAACAUUGUUAAAUUAGAUUGUCAGGGCCUCAUCAUUUAGUGAAACCUGUAAAAAUGUUACCUUUAAUAAUGCGAUUAGAUUUAAUACUUCACACUCCUAUUCUACAUGAAAAUCUUUUCUUUCGCCAAGGCUAAGUCACUUCACUUGGCCCCACUCCAAGGCCCAUAAGCUAGCACUGUUGGGCACUAUACCGUGUCCCGUUCAGAAGAGCCUCUCGCAUUUCGGGCUGUAAUGGAUUGCAAGCGCGGCACACGGGUUCAGUUGCAUUGUACCAUCCUUCGUGAUGGGGCUCGAGCUUUCGAUCUAGUAUGAAUUAUUAUGCUAGGAGUUGCGAAGGCUGUGUGGCAAUCCUGUUGUGUUUCCUGUGCAUUCUCUCUUGUCUAUCUGUAGAGAACCUUUUCUUUUUUUGCUGUUUCAAGGAUUGUGUAUUCACAAGCCGCUUGUAGUGUCUAUAAACAAACUUUGAAGAGGAUGCCGCAUAUUUAUCUGAUGAUCUUGUUUCACUUUGUGUUUUUUUUUGGUCUGCAUGUUUGUUGCGGUCCCUUUGGAACUAACGAACCCCUGCGUUUAUUAGGUGGUUGGAGAAGCGAUGAGCCAGAGAUUGUUCUGCAAAUCAAAGGGAAGGGGAAAAGUGUGCGUGCAUGCGUGUGUCACCAUUUCUUUUCCCGACACAUUUGCCUCUCUUUACGAAGGCAACGUAUAUAUAUUUUGUUUUUGCUUUUUUUUUUGGCACAGAGAGCGAGAGAGUUUAAAAGUUGUGACGGAAGUUGAGACAAAUGCAUGAAUUAACUUUUUUUUUCUGCCACGUGUGUGCGAUAUUUCUCGAGCUGUGGUUGCAAAUUUUUUUCCUAGAUGAACAGUGCUGUUGUUCGGCCCUCCUGUGGACGCGUUGGCGCUCGUUUUUGAACUAGCGCCCGGCCUAAGGGAUGGGUUUUUUUCUUGUUGACCCUUUGGGGAUAAGAAAUGUUGAAUAAAAGGGGCUUGCGAGAAA